GGGUGCAGACAGCUUCUGUGGUUUGCAGACACACAGAAAAGUUGGUCAAAGUCUGUGUGCUCUCCAGCUGCCAACUCACAUGCAGCAACUCCCUCUCACUGAGGAAGAUAUCUUUUUCAAGUUCAUUCUUACUCAUUCAAUCUCUUUUACACAUACUGUGCCCAUCAUUUCUAGCUGAAGGGAGACAGGACUACUGGAGAGUUCAUACACACCUUUACCUUCAGAUACUCUGCUGGCCAUCCAGACGAAGCUUGUCAAGGAUGUGGACUCUUCUCUUGGGGGUCACCUUAGGACAUCUGUCCUCGUGUGGGGCAGAGCAACUCAAAGUUAAUUCUCGCAGCUGCAGCUAUUCGGGAGUGUUUAUUGUCGAGGGUGAAGCUCGUCACGCUCUGACCUUUGAUCAGGCUCAAAAAUUGUGCCAUCAACUUCAGACUACAAUGGCAACCCUAGAACAAGUUCAACAAGCUUUUGACCAAAAAAUGGAAACCUGCAGAAAUGGCUGGAUCAGCAACAUGAGCUUCGCUAUUCUCAGACACAAUCACCAUGAAAACUGUGCUGUAAACAUGACUGGUUUAAUUAUCCAUUCUCGUGAUAACCUAAAUGAAACUUUUGAUUCUUACUGCUACGAUAAAACUGCUGGUCCUGAUAUAAACUGUGAUAAGGAGAUUAAAGGAAAUGAACAAGAACCUAAGCUGCAGGCAUCCACAACAGAGAGCCCUGAUUCUGCUGGGGUAACUACAAUAACUCCACCUGCAUCAGAGGAAGCCACAAUCCAGCCUACGGUGGAAGUUAGUUCACUUGGGAUGGACGACAAUCGCACUGUCCAAUUCCCAUUCAAUACUGGAGAUUUGGACCAGACAACUGGAUCUGGGAAGCAGCCACCCUUUUCUGAUGAAGAAACACUGCCGACCUUCACCUCUUUCAGAGGCACCGAUGUAACAAAGCUUCCUCCAGAUGAGAAGCGAGAGGAUGUAAAAAUGACGCCUGAAUAUGAGGUUGCUACAUCACUUUCUACACCACAUCCCCCACAUGGCAAAAAAAGGAUGAAGGAGCUAGUGCCGCAGCCAGGUCAACAGGAGGGGAAUGAUUCAUCAAACUGGCUUGUUAUCAUUGGGGUUUGCAUAGCCGUUGCUGCUAUCCUCUUUGUGUGUGUGGCUGUUGCCAAAAGAAAGAGCUGGUGUGGAAAGAAACAAACCCUGAUCAUCACUUCAAAAGAGAGCGAAGGGAACGGUGCAGCGGGAGCUGUAGCCUCCAGCUCCCAGGCUCAAGAGAGGGAGCAGGAAAUGGUGACUCUCAUGAACAAGGAGAAGAUCCAGGAGAAUGGCAAUACUGAGGAGUUCACCGUCAUCAAGCUCGAGGAGACGCCUGAUAAGGAGGCAUGAGAGGGGAGGCGGACGCAGUGGUUGGAUGGGUGAUGUUCUAAACUGCUUUUCAUGGUCAGCACUGAAUGGACAUGUGGUGGAUGUUAGCUCUUAGAUGUGUAUGUAAUGUAGAAAUAAAUAUGGCACUGUAUUGGACAGAGGCUGCUGGGUCAUUCCAACCAUCAUGUGCAGUAUAUCAUAUGUUUCAAUGUGCCAUAUUAGUGAAGGUUGGGGGUUAUGGAAUGCAUGGUGUGAGUGUGAUGUGUGCCAGUUUUUGUACAUGUUUUUUGUGUGGUAAUGGCAAACAGGUUGGGUGGGGGGGGGGCAUGGCGGCAAAGGGGUUAGUUCUGGACUGAAAAUUGUGCAGAUAGAAACUGAAUCUGGAUUGCUAAAUUUGAAAUGGUUGGAUUAAAAACAGGAUUUGAAAUGGAGUGUAUUUUUUAAAAUUGUAUUGUUUGAUUUGAAUCAUCGCAUUUAAGGAACAACCUGAAUGGUGUAAUUUUCAAUUGAAUGUAUUAGUUUGAAACUUCAGCCCAAUAUAAGGAAAACAAAAUUGUUCAACUUUAAGAAAAAAAGGUUACCAUUUCUCCAUCAACUUGUUUUUUUUAUCUAUUAAAUAUUUUUGAAAUUCUGUUCAUUUAAAUUUUUUAAUUAUAAACUGAUCACUUCUUGUCAAUGCCGUACAACAAAGCUGUGUACAGGUAGAAUAAGAGUAUUGGAUUGGCUCCGAUCCAAAGCACCUAUGAAACAGUACUUUGCGGGAAGGCCAUACAUCUUCUAAACUUCGUUCUCAACUUUUCCCUAUUAAUGUACAAAAAAUAAUAUGUAUAAUUGUCUGAAAAACACGUUUAAUUUACUGAAUAUUUCCUAUUUACGUGGGAGCAAAUGUGCUGUUUGGCAUUUCCAGUGGUGGGAGUAACGCCAUUAUAAAUAACGCCGUUACGUAACAGUGUUAUUUUUUCAGUAACGGUGUAAUCUAACUAAUUACUUUUUCCGCCGUUACAACGCCGUUACCAUUAUUGACGGUCAAAAGCGGUGCAUUACUUACUCUGAAUAAAUUGAAGAAACUACCAGCCGUGUCGAGUCGACUCUCUACUCUGUUGAUUUGUCAUCCAAGACUUGGGGUGCGUUCAGGUUCGAGAAUAGCGCACGUACUUCUGACUCCAAGCUGUUUGUCCCUGCUCAUUCAAUUAGACAAUGCUUUCCAAAGUUUGGUAACGUUUCUCUGUUGCUACACCUGAUGCUAGCUUCGUUCCCAUCUCCCACUUUCAGCCAGCAAUAAUUCUGCUUCCAUCUUGAGGACGGCAGACGCUUUGAAGGUGACGUGAAUUGUCGGGAAACGAGCCUACCUAAAUGCAGCCCCUCGAGAGAUGCGUUGGAAGUGAUUGUGAUUGGCUGAGGGGUUAGAGUCAUGUGUCGUAGUAAGCCAAUCAGAGCCGGUGAUUUCACAAGCAAACCGGAACAGUGCGUGCGGCAAACACACACACGCAGAACAAAUGCACAGGGUCGGGAUGGCAGAGCAUUCAGAAGAAAAAUUGUCCUUUAUGAGGUGGAGAUAUAGACACUAUUUCAAGUUUGUCGAAAUUAAAGGAAAGAACCUGCAUGUAAUGUGUAAUUUAUGUCCCGGGGCAAAGCUUUUGUCGACAUCUGUGGUAAGCAAUUCAAAUCUGCUGAAGCACCUAACAAGUUAACUUAACUACCUGUCUGUUCUUCUCUAUUCCACUGACUCGAAUAGUGCUCAGAAAAUUUCAAAUUCUUUGACAUACAACAAGUUCUUUUUAAAGUAACGGAAAUAGUUACUUUCCCUGGUAACUAGUUACUUUUACUAUAGAGUAAUUCAGUUACUAACUCAGUUACUUUUUGGAAGAAGUAGUGAGUAAUGCAACUAAUUACUUUUUUAAAGUAACAUGCCCAACACUGGGCAUUUCUUUAACUAAUACAUUCAUAUUCAAAUCACACCAUUCAGGUUUUCAAUGCAAUGACUGCAAUGAACCAAUGCUUUUGAAAAAUAUGUAAUUCGAAAUUAUCUUUAAUCCAAUUAUUUAAAAAUUUAGCAAUUCAGAUUGAGUUUCUGGUGACACAAAUUUUGUUAGGUUGCAAUAAUUUAAUCACUAUAGAUUUGUUGAUUGCUGUUUUUUAGACGCGAGUGUAAAGAUGCACAACAGCCAAAACGAGCUAUGACAAUGAAAUAUAAUUUUACAAAUUGAGUGUCAGAUAAAAUAUGAGCACAAAAAAACACACCUUUUUUGGAGUUAUUACUGAUUGUGAUUUGGUUUUCUGGGCAUUUGCUUGAGAUUAUAACAUUAUUAUUAUUAUUUUCCCCAUUUCUAUUUUCACGUUCAAGACAGUUCGGGGUAUCAUUAUUAUGAUGAAUACCAAUUUUUUUGGUCUGUAUACUGUAUAGCAUUUUUUUAAGCCUGAAAUGUUCUUGCCAAUACAGUGGUACCUCUACAUACAAAGUUAAUUUGUUCCAGGACCUUAAGCGUAAAUCGAAAUGAUCGUAUGUCAAGCAUGAUUUUCCCAUAAGAAUACAUUAUAAUUCCAUUAAUUCGUUCCACAGCCCGAAAAUCUACACUAAAUCCUUAAUAAAUACUGCUGGUGCAAUUGCAAAUAUCAAUUACACAGAGCAAAAAAAAUGAAUUAUGAAUAAAAAUCGGAAUAAUAAUAUAAAAAAAAAUAUAUAUAUAUAUAUAUAUAUACUAAUACCUACAGUAUAAUCACUUAACGAAUCGGGUUCUAAUGUGGCGGAUGUGUUUUGCGUGGUUUACUUGAACGCACCACGUGGCUGAUGUGACAGAGUGAGGGAGGACUUAUUACUUUCACUUUUCAUGCUCAGUUGCCGCGGACAGUAUCAAUGUUGUGUUGCACAAGUUCUGAAAUAAAUGAUUAAAAACCUAACGAGGCUGACGAUUUUUUUUGGUGAUGUUACAAUAAUAAUAAUUGUCACCUCGGCGAACGGAGGUCGGAGGAGGACCGCUGAGAUCGUAGACAUUCUAUGGCAGUAUUGUCGAGCCAGUUCACGGACGUGCACACCACGCUCAUAUUUUUGUAUCAUUCCCAUCUUAAUUUCAAUGGUAAGCCUCACCUUUUUCCUGUUUUUCACCACCUGCACUAACAUUCUUGGAACUCUAUGUUGAUUUCUCCCAUAAGAAAAUCGGGCGUGCUUCCGUCUUGUGGGAAAGCAAAGAAACUGCGGCGUUGUGAUAAAUCUUGGUAUUUCAAACAUGUCGUCGGAUGUAGAAACAAAUGGCAAGUGAAAUUUUACGUCAGAUGUCAAAAACAUCGUGUGUCGAAGUGAUCGGAUGUCGAGGUGCCACUGUAUUACUGCAGUUAUACUUGUACCAAUACCUUUGUAAUCCUGUUUAAUAAAACAAAGUUUUAAUGUU